CGAGAAUAUAAUCGAAGACUAUUAGAGAAACAACAACGACAGCAGCAGCAGCAGCAGCAGCAGCAACAAGAAGGCGGCUCUACCGCUACUGAAGUUACCACCACCACAGCGACGACGACGACGGCGACGACGACAGAUGCACAUCAUCCACCCUCACAUACACUGAAUGACAACACUACCAGUCACCCACAUCAUGCUCCUCCUCCUCCUUCACUUUCUUAUCAAAAAACAGCAUUGCGCAAUGUCAAUGGACCCUCUUUAUCGCAAUCUCAAACAAGGAGCAAUGAGAAUAAUAAGAGUAAAUAUGCAAAUAAAGUUCGAGUGUUUAAGCCUCCCUCCUCUGGUGAAACAGAAGAAGAAGAAGAAGAAGAGGACAACUACGAUGAGGAAGCUGAUGUAGAACAGCAAGUGGCCUCGAUAGGGGUUGUUACAGAGA